AUGAAGUUUCAAGACCGAGGGCACUCGAGUCCGCUCUUGAAGAUCGCGUCAUCGUCUCGUGGUCUCAGUACCCUCAUGUGGCUCUUGGCCUGUACCUGCUGCUUCGCGCUUGGACUCAUUGUGUCCUACACGAACACCUCGUCACUCUCUUUGAUCCCUUUUAAGGUCCUGGAGACGUCCCGUUGGCUCCGCACUAGACCAUCGACGUGGCAAAGUCUGUCGCACGCUUCGUCUGCCACAACCUUGUCCAUCAGCCACGACGAGUACGCGCGGGGUAUUAUCCUGUGUCUGCACAAUGGCAUUGUGGCCAUGGGCGUGUCGCUUAUCCGAGAGCUGCGUUGUUUGGGCAACUUGGAGCUCAUUCAAGUGUAUCACUGCCUUCCUACCGAAAUGUCGGACGAGAGUCGAGCGCUGCUUACGCGCAAUGACGCGCGCGUGAAGAUUAUAGACGUGUGCACGGAUAUUCUGGCGAAAACAGGCGCCGAGAAUUUAUUUGGAGGCAAAGUGGAGAAGGCGAAGAAGUUCAAGAACUAUUGGGUCAAACCACUGGCAUUGUACCAUACCAAGUUGCGAGAAGUGAUUUAG